AUGGGCUUCAUGCACCAGAGCCAGCGCGUGAUGACGCCGAUCUCGCAGGUCCGCCUCACGAACGUGGCCGUCGUGCGCCUCAAGAAGAACGGCCAGCGCUUUGAGGUCGCGUGCUACAAGAACAAGGUCGUCAACUGGCGCAACGGCGUCGAAACCAGCUUGGACGAAGUCCUCCAGUCGCAGUCGAUCUUUGAAAACGUCUCGCGGGGCAAGAAGGCCAACAACCUCAUGGCGGUCUUUGGCACGGAAGAUGUGAUUGAAAUCGCCAAGAUCAUCAUCGAGAAGGGCGAGCUCCAAGUCUCGGAUGGCGAGCGCGCCGCCUUCAACGAAAGCGUGUACCAGGAGAUUGCGACGAUCGUGGCCGAAAAGUGCGUCAACCCCGAGUCCAACCGCCCGUACCCGUUUACCGUCAUUGAACGCGCCAUGAAGGAGAUGCACUACGCGCUCAUCCCGAACCGAUCGGCCAAGCAGCAGGCGCUUGAAGUGAUCAAGAAGCUCAAGGCGCACAUGCCCAUCACGCGCGCCAAGAUGAAGGUCCAGGUGACGGUCGCCCCGGCCGACGGCCAAGCCACCAAGGACUUUCUCGCCGAGCAGGAAGCCAUCAUCAUGGAGCAGCGUGGCGGAGACGUGCUGCGCAUCAUUUGCCAGAUCGACCCGAGUGCCUACCGUCACUUGGACACGUUUGUCAACCCCAAGGGCAAGAAGGAUGCGUCGCGGUCGCUGGAAGUGCUCGACCUGAGCUGCCACGAGCAAGGCGAGCACACGAUCGACGACGAAAUCUCCAAAAAGACGGAACGCCUCGCACUCGAUCUCCCGCCGGCCGCGCCGGCUGUCGUGGCCGCAGCGGCGCCCAUCACGGAGAAGAAGGCGGGUCGGCCCUGCAGCACGUGCGGUGGCGACUUUCCCGACACGGCCAAGUACCGCGAACACUUCCGCUCCGAGUGGCACCGCUACAACCUCAAGCUCAAGUCGAAAGGCCGGUCGCUUGUCGACGAGGCCACGUUUGCAACCAUUGACCCGGCCGACGUGCAAAAGGUGUACGAUACGCUCGAGUAA